GUGGGUAAAUCUUUAUCUCAUAUUGUUGCUGAAGAAGAAAAUCAUGAAGAGUCUAAUCAAUCAGUUAAAAAUCAUAAAGAGUCUAAUCAAUUGGUUAGAAAUUAUGAAGGGCCUAAUGAAUUGGUUAGAAAUUAUGAAGAGUUCAACAAUUCAGUUGAAAAUUGUGAAGAGUUCAGCGAAUCAGUUAGAAAUUGUAAAGAGUUCAGUAAAUCAACUAAAAACUGUAAAGGGUUUAGCAAAUUGGCUAGGAACUGUGAAGGAUUUAGCGAAUUAGCUAAAAACUGUGAAAAGUUUAGUAAUUCAGUUAGAAACUAUGAAGUAUCUGGUAAAUCGGUUAGAAACUAUAAAGGAUCUAAGUGA